AUCAUCUCAGAUCGGUGCCCAUUCCCGGCCCAGUCAUGGCUCCAUGUUUUCGUUUUCGAAACAGCCAUGAGCCCACUCAUCGGUAGUGAACACGCAAAGUCAACAAUUCAGGCGGCGCUGUAUUGGCUAGCCAGACAGUCCUGACUUUGGAUCUGCGGCCUACAUCCUCGCGAAGAGUUGCCCUGUCCAUGCAGCACGCCUGUCGUGAUCCAUUUCGACACCAGACAAGCAGCCCGCCAGUGCUCUGGGUCGUCUCCGUUCUCCGUGCUCCGUGCUUCGUUCCAAGUACACAUCUACUUGGACGUAUGUACAGAUUACUCCACCCACACAGAUGCACUGGCUGGUGGUGCUGGCUGGUGCUGGCUGGUCACUUGCAUCAUUGCAUGUGCGUGCUCCGGCUCUGAAGACGGCUCGGGUAGUGUUAUAAUAGGCCUUUUCUUAUACAUGUUUCUCGUUGGGCCGUUUCGCGGCGAAGUCGUGACCGUGGGAUGGGCUGGGGCCAGGAUGCUGGCCCCUGAUCCUCCAUGCCCAUUGGUCUACAAAUUUCUCCUUAUCGCGCUAUCAAACAAGCUCUGCAGAAUUUCGUGGGACGACGAGGCCAUCAAUGCUGCCUUUGUUGGUUCCCAGCCUCUGGGCCAAAGAGUACGCGCAAGAUAUCUCUGUCUCAGCGGGUGCCGUCUGCGGAAUAAAGAGCACGAGGCCUGCAUUCUCUAUAUCCGUGGAUGUCUGUCUGUCCACGGGUACGCAGUAAAGCGUCGAUGGCCUAGACUCUGGACCGGAUACUGGCUUGGAGGCCAGAGACUUUCCUUCCCCCGCAGCCCUGGCUAUCGUCGGCCCAGCCUCUGUCGUCAUCCUACGGGCGUUCGACAUUAUCGCCUAUCGGGACCAAGGGCUAUCUGUGCUGUGUUCAGGCUGACGCCGUCGUUGGACAUAUUUUCUCCAGAUUGUCUCUCCAGCACCCUGAAAUGUAAGUCAUGGGUACCUCGUCCUGAUAACCCCCCACUACCAGGGGUCUUCCUUCAUAUAUCCAGCACUAUCGGCCGUUGUCAAAAUUCAGCCCAGGGGAUAUUGAAAAGCCGAUGAAGACGACGAGUUGCCGCAGCGCGGCUAUACUCCGAAAAAUCACCAAUAAAACUGUUAACUAAUACUUUCUGAUUCUCGCUUCCCAGG